GUGAGCGCCGAAACUGUCAGAAUCUCAAAUUCUCAGGGCCGUAGGCUGCACAAACAUGUCGGGGUAUUCAUCGGAGGAACCAACGGGAUCGGAGAAAGUACGGCGAAGGAAUUCUUCAUUAGGACGGCGAGUCCCAAGGCGUACAUUGUUGGCAGGAACAGAGAACGAGGAGAGCGUUUGUGCAAAACCCUCCACGGCCUCAACUCCGAAGGCACGGCCAUUUUCAUCCAGGCCGACGUUAGUCUCCUGAAGAACUGCGAUGAACUAUGCGAGGACCUCAAGCGACGUGAGAAGAAGAUUCACUUCCUCAUACUCACAGCGGGAUACAUGACGCUUAAGGGGCGGAAUGAGACCCCCGAAGGAAUCGAUCGCAAGAUGUCCGUCAACUACUACUCACGAGUACGUUGCACAUUACACCUGAUGCCACUUCUCGAAGCAGCAUCGAAAGCGAAUGAAUUGUCUCGGGUCAUCACAGUUCUGGCCGCCGGCUCCGAAGCUGACGUACGAGUGGACGACCUCGACCUGAAGCACAAUUUCUCUCUUCAAGCAUGUCUCGCGCACUGUGUGCUCAUGAACGACUUCGCAAUCGAAGAGCUCGCCAAACGAUAUCCCGGCACAUCCUUCAGCCACUCAUACCCCGGAACCGUCAAGACCGGCAUCGCAAACGAACUCACAGGAGUCGUCCGACUCGCUGUCAAAGUCCUCUACGCCGUCAUGACGCCCUGGAUCCUCAACGUGCAGGAUUCCGGCGAGCGACACUUCUUCCAGAUGACGAGCAACUGCUAUCCUUCGAAACAGGGUGCAGCGGGCAUCCCAAUCCCUGAUGGACUAUCUCCGAUGCGAGGAACGGACUUUGUGCCGGGUAGUGGAGCCUACCUCCUCGACUGGGAUGGCAAGGCGACGGGCGAUGAAAAGGUGCUGAAGAAGUAUCGAGCGAUGAACUUUGGGCAGACGGUGUGGGAUCAUACGAUGGCAAUAUUCGCUCAGGCGGACAGGACGAUGAGGAAGGAUUCGAAGCGACCUGCGGAUGGGGAGGCGGAGGGGGCAGGUAGGUCGAUUCCGAAUCCGGUGGGUUGGAGGCCGUCGUCUUGA